AUGCCAUCCGCUGUCAGAAGUGUCUGGUAUAAUAUGCCAGAGCUGGUUCUCAUCCUUAUAUUCGAACGAGGUGCCCAUGACAUGCUGCAGGACGACGGCCUCCCCUUUGCCUUGCUGGUUUCGCAUGUGUGCAGAGGCUGGAGGAUAACUGCAGCCCGCUCUCCAUCGGUGUGGUCUGCUAUUCCAGUGCAUUCCUCCCGUCCCGGCCUUCUAGAAUACUUCCUGGCCCGCUGUGGAGCGGUUUUGCCUCUCAGUCUCUGCUUUCACGUCAAGAGCAAACGGACCAUCGCUAGUGAGGUCCUGGCGCUUGGCCUGUCACAACCGGAGCGCGUGCGGGAGGUGCACCUGCGCGCGCAUCACGGCUUCGCCGUCUUUCUCUACAUUUCCCAGCUUAGACAGAUGUCACUCCCAAGGCUGGUGCACUUCGAGAUCAACUUGGCGAAGUCCACUAACAAGUGCUCUCUGGGCCCGCUGCCGGCAAUCCUAAAUGACAACCCGCCGGCGACGCUCAGCAGUGUCGUCCUUGAAGGCGUCUCCUUCCGAUUCCAGUCACCGAUGCUCAAGGGGCUCACACGACUCACCCUUGCUGAUCUGCCUCGAGAAUUCGCCGCUCCAUCGUACGUCACUUUCAGAAACCUGUUGCUUGCUUCACCAAUGCUCGAAUACCUGAAGCUCGACCAUGUCUUCCCUGUCCUCACGCAGGUGCUUGACUAUGGCCAGAUCGUGUUACCCACGCUACACACGCUCGACCUCGUCAUGGAGCACGACGCCCCUUAUGUCUCCGACUUUUUCCUGAUCCUCAGCGCCCCGCACAUACACACGCUCUUAUUCGCAACCUCGUCGCCGACCACGUGCGAGGGCUUUGAGGACGCUCUGCGCAUCCUGCGGGCGUCCUUCGAGAACCUACACACGCUUCGACUGUCAUCGCUCUUCACGCGCGUGCUGUGCAAUAGCGGCGUCCAGCCAAUCCUCUUUGACGCCUUCCCCGAGCUGCGCUGUUUUGUGCUUACAGCGCACAGCGACCGUAUCGUCAUGCACUACCUGGAGCCGUGGAUUGCAAGCACGAUGGAAGGCUGCGAGGUCUGGCCAAAGCUCGAGCUGCUUACUGUGCGCUCGCCAUUCGGAGACCUCGAGUCGGAGGGAGCUGCGACCUGCGUAGAUGAUGCUCUGGAACUGCUCGCCGACCUGCGCUGCUCGGCGGCGCUGCCGUUCGAUGUCUGGCAGGAAUUUAUAGUACCACGGUCCGCCAGAACGACCACAAGCCCCUACCCUGCCUUACCUAGCUACUUCUAG